AAGAAUUUAAAUUGGAUUAGUAAAAAAACAUAAAAAAUAAAUUGGCGGGGAAAUUGAAAUGGAUGUCUCUCUCACCAAUCACCAGUUCCCCUCCCUUUCGGCUUGUCUUUAUUUCACGAGAACGAACGCUAUGUUAUCGGAGCAUUACAAUAUUUUACUUCAGAAACAAAAUGACACUGAAGAAUUCAGUGUAAACUAAGGGCUCCAAGCUGAAUUAGCUGCAUCAGAUGAUCUUCUUUAAACACUCUGAAACAAAGUGAUCGAUGAUGUGCAUGAUCUGGAUGGUGUGUUGCUGUCGCAUGCCGUGGAUGAUAUAUUGCAGGAACCGUCAACUAUUUUGUGGGGAUAGUAGUAUCAUGUUAGUGUUGAGCUGUGGAAUGGGGGUGGACGGAAGUUGCAGACGUUUUGUGAUAACUCACACAUGCGAGAUUGGUAGUUUUGGAGAUCAUAGAGGGAGCUGUUACAUAUGUGUGGUUUUGGGGUGUUUACCACAGUCAUGCGGUGCUACAAACUGAUUAGAAGCGGAAAUCAGUUGUAGUUGAGAGGUGGAGGCCGGAGACUGACACCUUAUUAAUGAAGCACGGGGAGAUGACGUUGAUUCCAGAGGAUAUUGAGUAUAUUAUAGAGUAUGGGAGAGGCGAUGACAUGUGGUGCAAUAAAAACAAGGGUAUUUUUUUUCAUUGAUAAUUGGUUUGAGCCUCUUACAGAGUAGAAUUUUGAGGAUGCACUUCUCACGAUUAAUAUAAAGUUGAGUUGGUUGUUUAAUAGGUAUGGCACGGUGAAGCCGGGAAAGGAUAGCAUUCACGUGCUAUUAUCGUACACACUACACACUCAAACUUACAUUUUAUUUGUUAUUGGCACCGUACUUUUUCUGACUAGCAGCCGGAGUUUUGUGCAUACGAGGUACAUACAGUCAUUACGCAAUCUUAGAAUCAUCCGUCACUAUGUUUGGGGUGCAAAAGUAACAUAAUAUAGCAAACAGCUAACAGUACGUCCAGAUAUCAAAGUAGGCAUAUUCGCUAGAAAAUAGACAAAAUUUUAUGACCUCUGAGAAUGUUAUGGAUGCAGCUAGUAAUUUCUUUCCGCUAGUAAAUAUUAUAGCUGACACUGCCUCACUAGAGUUGGUUGCCAAUGGCAGUGCUGAGAAUGAUAUUAACAGCAUCUGCUAGAGGGUCUGUAAAUGCAGCUGGUUACAUGAACCAAUGUGUAUUCAAACACAUUCUUGGUGGCUGCAGUUUUCAUAUGUGGCGAUAGCGAGUACUUGUAGUACAAAUUUGGGGACCAACGGUGGUAAGAGUUUUUACAUUUUUUUAUAAUUGAAGAGAACAUCCUCAUAUUGAAACUACCUAAUCCAAUUGUGGUAUGUUGUCAACGAAUUUUAUUGUAUUUAAUCUAGGCCAGGUUUCCAUCAGUUUAUGUUCUUAUCUCCAAUUUGUGCAUUUUAUACUAUAUUCGGACAAUGCUGAAUGCUCCGGGAGUAUUCGGAUUUUUAUAUCUACACAGUGAUUAGAUAAUUAUUAAAAAUAAUAUUUAUCUUAAUACGAAUGCUGUAUCAAUAUUUCGAUUAAUUGUGACACUUUAAGAAGAUUGUUUGGUUGGUUGCUAGAUGAGCUUAAAUGUAAAAACAUCCAUAAGAUUGCCGAUGAACAUUUUGUUUUUGCUUUGACUUGUAGAUUGAUGAGAAUAUACUGUUGUAUCUGCUUAUUGCAGGUGGACUUGGGUUGAAGGAUGAUUUAGUUGCCUUGUUUCGAGUUUUCGAAUGGUGGCAGGGUCCAUCAGAAUCAGUUGAAGAGUUUGUUAUGAGGUAAAGGAAUGCCUCUGAGAAGUAGUCUUUCUGCUCAGUUAAUUUUAAAGAUGCCACACACUUUAAUUAAUGGGCCACUGAGCAUGCGUGACAGGGUUGAAGAUACCCUAUCUGCUCACCGGAAUGAACUUGUCAAUCUGUUCAACCGAUAUGUAGCUCGCGGAAAGGGGAUAUUACAAUCCCAUGAUCUGAUAGAUGAUUUGGACAGUGUUGUUGGUGAAGAUGGACUCAAAAAGCUCAAAGAUGGCCCCUUUAUCCAAAUCUUGAGAUGUUCCCAGGAAGCUAUUGUUCUACCUCCUUUAGUUGCCAUUGCUAUUCGUCCAAGGCCAGGUAUUUGGGAAUUUAUCCGCGUAAAUGUGUAUGAACUGAGUGUGGAGCAUUUAAAUGUUUCAGAAUAUCUUCAAUUCAAGGAAGAACUUGUCAAUGGAGAGUACAACAAGAACUUUGUGCUUGAGAUUGACUUCGAUCCAUUCGAAUCAACACUUCCUCGUCUGACGCAAUCACCUUCCAUUGGCAGCGGGGUUCAGUUUCUCAACCGUCACCUAUCUUCUUUUAUGUUCCGAAAUAAAGAGAAUUUAGACCCUCUGCUUGAGUUUCUCCGUACACACAAACAUAAGGGACACGUAAGGAUGCUAAAUGACCGGAUACAAACUAUAUCUGGACUUCAUUUGGCAUUGGCUAGGGCAGCGGAAUAUCUUUCUUAUUUUAAACCGGAUGCACCAUGUUCUGAGUUUGAAUAUGUUAGACUCCAAGGUAUGGGCUUCGAGAAAGGUUGGGGUAACACAGCGCAUCGGGUAUCCGAAACUGUCCAUCUACUUCUUGACAUCCUUCAGGCUCCUGAUGCAGCUACCUUGGAGAAAUUUCUUGGGAUGAUUCCUAUGGUCUUCAACAUUGUGAUUCUCUCCCCCCAUGGAUAUUUUGGCCAAGCGAAUGUAUUAGGUCUGCCUGACACUGGUGGACAGGUUGUCUACAUACUUGAUCAAGUGCGUGCCCUGGAGAAUGAGAUGCUUUUCAGAAUAAAGGAGCAAGGACUGGAUGUUUACCCAAAUAUACUUAUUGUCACACGAUUGAUACCUGAUGCUAAAGGAACUACAUGCAAUCAGCGAAUAGAAAGAGUCAGUGGAACCGAGCACACACAUAUUCUGCGCGUGCCUUUUAGGACUGAGAAAAGCAUUCUUCGAAAAUGGAUUUCUAGAUUUGAUGUGUGGCCUUAUUUGGAGACCUUUGCUGAGGAUGUAUCAAAUGAAAUUGCUGCAGAAUUACAGGGUGUUCCAGACCUCAUCAUUGGGAACUAUAGUGAUGGGAAUCUUGUUGCUUCCCUGUUAGCUAAUAAACUUGGUGUCACACAGUGCAACAUCGCUCAUGCGCUGGAAAAAACUAAGUACCCUGAUUCUGACUUGUACUGGAGAAAUUACGAAGACAAAUACCAUUUCUCAAGCCAGUUUACUGCUGAUCUCAUUGCUAUGAACUCUGCAGAUUUCAUUGUCACCAGCACAUACCAGGAGAUUGCUGGAAGCAAAAACUGUGUUGGACAGUAUGAGAGUUACACAGGCUUCACUCUGCCUGGGCUGUAUCGUGUAGUUCAUGGCAUUAAUGUGUUUGAUCCCAAGUUCAAUAUCGUCUCUCCUGGAGCAGAUAUGAGCAUUUACUUCUCAUACACAGAAAAGGAUAUGAGACUUACUGCAUUACAUGGCGCGAUUGAAAAGCUGUUAUAUGAUCCAGAGCAGAGCAAUGAACAUAUUGGUAUGCUGAGUAAUCCAUCAAAGCCCAUUAUCUUUUCCAUGGCAAGAUUGGAUAAAGUGAAAAACCUGACUGGGCUAGUUGAGUCUUAUGGUAAAGAUACAAGGCUAAGAGAACUAGCAAAUCUCGUUGUAGUUGGUGGCUACAUCGAUAUAAAACAAUCAAAGGAUAGAGAAGAGAUCACUGAGAUUGAGAAGAUGCAUGGUCUAAUGAACAAGUACAACCUAAAUGGGCAAUUUCGAUGGAUAACUGCACAGAUGAAUCGAGCUCGUAAUGGUGAACUUUACCGUUACAUUGCAGAUACAAAAGGUGUCUUUGUUCAGCCUGCUUUCUAUGAAGCUUUUGGGCUCACAGUUGUGGAGGCAAUGACUUGCGGUCUCCCUACCUUUGCUACCCUUCACGGAGGUCCUGCAGAAAUUAUAGAGCAUGGCAUAUCUGGAUUCCACAUUGAUCCCUAUCACCCUGAGCAGGUUACAAUCAAUUUGGUCAACUUUUUUGAACGGACCCAGAGAGAUCAGAGCUACUGGAAUCAAAUAUCUGAUGGAGCACUUGCACGCAUCCAUCAAAAGUACACUUGGAAGAUAUACUCAGAGAGGCUUCUGUCAUUAGCUGGGGUUUAUGGGUUCUGGAAACAUGUAACAAAGCUUGACAGGCUAGAGAAUCGACGAUAUUUGGAGAUGUUCUACGCUACAAAGUAUAGUGAUCAGGUGAAGAUGAUUCCUUUAGCUGUGGAUGAGGAUUGAGGUCUAAAGCUUACAGCUGUUAUGUAUCUCUGUGUUUUGCUUUCAACAUUGAACUGCGCGUAGUUCACUUUGCAUUUUGGUUUCGAUAUUAAACAUUUCAACUAUAACUAUGUAUGAACCUGUUCUGCUGUCUCAGAUUAUUCUGAGAGAUGGAUAAAUAAGUUGGAUGUUUACUUAA